UUAAAAACCCAUAAAGAUCUAUUUAAAAAUGAAGAAAACAAUGAUUCACAAAUAAGCAAGCAUUUGGCAAUAUUUUUACUAAUUAUAGUGAUUGUGAUAACUGCAUUUUUAUCUGAAUUUCUUGUUAGUUCAAUUGAAGGAGUCAUUACUUCUCUUGGAUUAAGUAAAACUUUUAUUGGAUUAAUUCUACUUCCUAUUAUCGGAAAUGCUGCUGAGAUAAUUGACUUCAACACAGAACACAAGAACUUUCUUUAA